AUGGAGACGGGCGAGGGCCGGCCCGGUGUGGCGGCGACGCUGCGGGCGCUGAACGGGGCGCUGGGGCGUCCCGCCGCGCUCUGGGUGAAGGAGAGCGGCGCCCGCAACCUGCGGCACCGGGACUUCCUGGCGCCGCGGGCCGCGCUGAGCGCCGCCUUCCCCGAGGGGCAGGUGCCCGCUGACGUCGUGGCGGGCGUGACGUCAUUGGGAGGCCCGGGGGUGCUGUCGGUGCAGGGCUGCCAGGAGACGCCGGCGGGGCUGGCGGUGCGGGUGCGGCGCCCCGAGGCCUUCCGGAGCCUGCUGGGGCCCCUGCCCGGCCGCCCUUGCGCGGGGGCGCAGGCGGGGUGGGUGGUGCUGCACUGCCCGGCCCUGCACGGCCCCGCCGCCCUGCGGCCCCGCCACCUCCGUCCCCUCCUGCUGGCCGACCACCUGGCCCAGCUGCUGCGAGCCCAGGGGGUCGGCGUCCGCCUGGUCCCUGCCCUCGCCGAGGAGGGGAGCCGGGAGGUCCUGCGGCAGCUCCGCGUCGACUGGCCCUCCGGCUCCGGUGGCUCGGCCCUCCCUGACACCGUCUCAGACUUGAAGCGAGCGCUGGGCCGGUCCCCCUGUGCCACAGCCUGUGAGCAGGGGCCGGGCACAGCCGCGCUGCUGGAGGAUGUCAUCUGUAAAGUCCACCUGAAGAGCUUCGUGGAGCAGCAGGGCUUGGUGGGCUACGACCCCAAUCUAGACGUGCUUCUUGUGACGGAGGGGAAGCUGCGGUCCCUGGCUGAGCUGCAGCAAGCCGUUGUGCAGUGCAUGGCUGGAGGCCAGGGGAGCUGCUGCAGCAUCGUGCAUGUGGUGAGCUGCGAGGAGGAAUUCCAGCAGCAGCAGCUGGAUCUGCUCUGGAGGAUUUUGGAUCCAGGAGCCCACACAGCUUUGCAGAAACACCUCGUCUGUGGGCCAGUGAAGGUGACAAACCCCUCAUCGCCCAUCGGGGCAGACCAGUACUUCCAGCUCCGAAAGCGCCAGAUGUACGAAGCCUCCGUGAUGAAGUACGGGGAGCUUGCGCAAGAUGAAGCCUGGACUGAGGUGAUUGAUACCCUCGCAGUGGCUGCCAUCAGGUUUGAGAUGCUGAGCACUGCUCACCGGAGUCAGAUCACCCUGGACCUGGAGGACAGCAGCAUCUCCACGAAGGGAACCAAGAGCGGUGCCUUCGUGAUGUACAACUGUGCCCGGCUGGCCACGCUCUUUGACACCUACCAGCAGGCUGUGGAGCGGGGCACGUACCCACCUCUGCCACCAGCAUCAGAACUGAACUUCUCCUGCCUCCGGGAGGAGGGCGAAUGGCUCCUGCUUUUCAACUAUCUCCUGCCCUUCCCUGAAGUCCUGCAGCAGGCAGCACAGCUGCCCGCACCCACCAAGGGGAUCCGGAUCACAGCCAACACAGAGACAGUGUGCAAGUUCCUGAUCCAGCUCAGCAUGGAUUUCAGCUCAUACUACAACCGGGUCCACGUCCUGGGGGAGCCGUUCCCUCACCUCUUUGACCAGAUGUUUGCCCGCCUCCGGCUGCUGGGAGCAGUGAGGGACGUGUUCCACAGCGCGCUGGCGACUCUGCACCUCCCUCCUCUCAGCCAGAUCUGAGCCACCACUGAAGAGCCGUGCCAUGGUGUGACAGGCACUAGGACAACAUGCCACAAGGAGAAGGACAGGGCACAUCCUCUGUGGCAGGGCGAGGGGCUGCCCCACCGCCAGGCAGGGAGUCAGGGCAUGCCUCAGCCCCACGCAGGUGCUUCCCCUCCCGCUGCCCGCGCGGUUUGAGGGUUUGGCUACGUGCACCCCGCGGCCGUGGCCAGCGUGGGAGAUGGGUGCGCCUGCCAUGUCCACACCAGCAGAAGGGAGGAUGCCUGUGGCACCCUGUGAGCUGGGCUGGGGAGUACCGGGGACCAGUCACCACAAAGCCAGGCACCAACCUCACUUCCCUCAAAGCCAUCGUUUAUUGAAGGUCGCUCCGUGCUAGCAGGGAGCUCCUGAGGCUCAAGGUUCCUGUCAGGCCCCAGUACCGGGGUCCAAUACACUUGUUGCUGGACAAAUGCUGAGUAUGCCUGACCCCAACAGAGCACCUUGCCUCCCAUGGGGCCGGGGCCACGUGCAGCUUCUUGUCCUUCCUGUGCUUUGAUGGUGCUGGGGCUUGCUGCUGU